CAAUCGCUUGUGAUUUUUAUGUUUUUUUUGGAUCUUCAGAUAGGGCACAUCAGCCCCAUUUCACAAAAAAUACCGGAGAAAUCUCUUUUUUUCCUUUUUCUUUUUGGGAAGAUACCAAAAAGAAAUCUUUGGGGGAGCCUUCUCGGAACGGACAUUACACUGCCCGCCAUCCCAUCACAGUGAUGGUUUGUGCUCCCCUUUCGGUGGUAUCAUGAGGUGACGUGCAGAUGGGCAUCGUGCGCAUAUCUCCGACAAAAAUGCAGGCAUUUGAUCUGCAGAAAGAAAAUUUUCAUCCUGCCUAACAGCUUUAACGUAGGGAAGUGUUGGAAGUUUCCUCGCCAAAUUGUAGACUUUUCAUGCCGUUGGAUCCCUCAAAGAUCAAAUUGGACCUGAAAGCGAUGAGUCAGCAACUGUUCUUGCCUUGGAUUCCCUUUCUUUUUUUUUUUCCCCUCCCCGAUGCGUCCACACGAGCCUUCUCCAUGGCCCCCACCACCCUUCCGUCCAUUUGCUCUCCAGUUUUCUAGCGGGCGGGCCGUCCGUUUGAAAUAGGCCCUGCAAGUCGACUACCCCAUCAUCACAUAUAAAUGAAAUGAAACUGAAACAAAAAAAAAAAUCCCUUUUCGUUCUGUCCUUUUGGAUCGGCGAACUCGAUUCUCAUGGCGACGGCUUCGUCGUCUUCGGCCGAUCAUGGGCUUCCGAAGGCGGAGGCGGCGACGGGCGAAGGAGGAGGAGGGGAGGGGUCGUCGGAGGGGCGGCGGGCGGCGGCCAGCGACCAGAUGAGCUUCAGGGGAAUCAAGAAGGCGAGGAAGGAGAGGGUUUGCACCGCCAAGGAGCGCAUCAGCCGGAUGCCGCCCUGCGCUGCUGGCAAGCGGAGCUCCAUCUACAGAGGAGUCACCCGACACAGGUGGACAGGUCGAUAUGAAGCUCACCUUUGGGAUAAAAGUACCUGGAACCAAAACCAAAAUAAGAAAGGGAAACAAGUAUACUUAGGUGCAUAUGAUGAUGAAGAGGCUGCUGCUAGAGCUUAUGAUCUUGCUGCUCUGAAAUAUUGGGGUGCUGGGACAGUCAUUAACUUCCCUGUUAGCGAUUAUGCAAGAGAUCUUGAAGAAAUGCAGAUGGUUUCAAAGGAGGAGUAUCUUGUGUCUCUUAGAAGAAAAAGCAGUGCUUUCUCAAGAGGGUUUCCUAAAUAUCGUGGACUUUCCAGACAACCUCAAAGUACCCGAUGGGACGCAUCCCUUGGACAGAUGAUAGGAAAUGAAUAUUGCAACAACUUGAAUUGCAGUACAAGUAGGGAUGUGGCUACAGAUGGAAAAUAUGCUGGUAGCUUUGGCAUGGAGAGAAAAGUUGAUCUAACAAGUUAUAUCAGGUGGUGGGCUCCCAAGAAAACACGUCAGUCAGAAUCAACCUCCAAUGCAGAAGGUGUUGCUAGAGAACUCAGAACUCUAGAAUGCUCUGUACGACCCACUGAGCCAUACCAGUUGCCUUCACUUGGCCUUCCUCACAAUGGGAAGCCUCAUGCACGGGGUGUGUCUGCGUGCAGUAUCUUAUCAAAGUCAGAAGCCUUUAAGAAUUUUCUUGAGAAGCGGUCAAAGACAUCAGAAACGAAGGAUGAUACUUCUUACAAGGACAUGGAACAUAAAAAGGCGGCUCCUCUCUUCUUUUCUGGUGGUGGGCUUGAUAGAUCUGGAGUCACCUUAGGUUUGAGUGAAUUGGCUGUCCAAAGAACUCCAUACUCAUUUGCUCCUCUUGUCUCUGCACCAUUGAGGACCAGUUGGAACUCUGUUGAUCCUGUUCCUGAUCCUGUUUUUUGGACAAGUCUUGUUCCACCAUCUGGACAAUCUCUGACAACAAUGUUUAGGAAGAAUGAUAUAAGUUCUUCAUAUUCAUACCAAUGCCUGGACUGGAGCAUUAAGGAACUGUUGCAUGGACUAGUCUUGCUUUUCAAGGUUUGGCAUGAGCAGAGUGAUGUUACCUGUUGCGGGGAUACACCCCCGCUAAGAUGUAGAUUAGCUGAAAUGCACUUGUGGUGUAUUAAUGGUAGCAUGUACAAUUUUAAGAAUGGCAUUCACAUCUUGUAUGCCACUUGAUACUCCCAAAGAUUUCAAGUUGUCCUUGAAGAAAUUACCGUCAGCCUGUCUGCAAAACCUGAAAAUCUCAAGGAAAUAAAAUGUUGGGUCAAUAGUCAGUUGAAUUCUGACUGGACCUGAGUUGGGCUGGGAAGAAACUUGUAGAUAUUUUUGGUGAAUUCAGUUGUUAGUUCCUAAUGAUUGAUCUGAUUUUUUUCUGCAA